GAUUGAUGAGAUACCUUGAAAUUAUAAGAAUGCUGAAAACUGGAUGUAUAGAAGGCAAACUUGUAAAAUUUAAUUUUGAAAAUGAUAUUUCAUUUGAAGAGUGCGCGGAAAUGGUUCCGUCGAAUGUCAGAUUCGGAUCUACGGUAAAUUUUCCUGCCAUGCCGUCGUUUUCUUUCAAUAAGAUGUUUUAUGUAGAAUCCGAAUCCGAUGUGUCGGAGUUUGUUUCAGGUUUUAUCGGCGUAUUCGGUGGAGCUUUGUAAUUCCGGCUACCGUUGUAACCUUAGUAUAUGAACAUCGGCCAGCUGUUCACUACCAGCUAUUUUUAAAAUUACUCAGUUUUUCAACGUGUUUUGUUCGCUUCGAUUCAUUAGUAUUUAGCAAUCGAUAUUGCUGCAUUCAAGUCACAAAAUUGGUUCAGUAUUUACGUUAAUCAUAAAAUUAUUGUGUAAAUUUUUAAAUCCUAAUGCAACUUUUCCAGAAAUUGAUUUUAAUGAGUCGCGCCUGAGUCAAUCAGAAAAUUAAUUUCACUGUCUUAUUCGAAGAAUACAAGGUUACAGCUGACAUAGCUCGUAGCUGAUUUGUAAGAUCGUUAUUAACGCUAUUAUUACGAUUAUUUACGAUAUAAUUAAAUUUGUACCGUUAUUAUGAUGAAUUGUUAUUAUUGUGAUUAUUAUUUUUCCUGGCAUCAUCCCCAUAACGGGAGCAGUUUGACCGGUAUAGGUCUGACCUUGGCAAUGAAAACAUUUAAAAGACAGGAUGUGCAUUCUUACGAAAAUCGUCAGGAUUUCUGCAAUUUCUGUCGUGACACUUGAAACAAAAUUAGAACCUGAAGAAUUACCAGUAGCAACGAGUCCUGUUCCUGUUGUCGAAGACGAACUAGGCGCAUCGCCUUUGCCUUGUUUAGUCUCCACAUCACUCCCAUCAAAUAUGCGUAUUCCUCGCUCUUCGCCACUGUCACGCCACACGAAACCUAAUCAUUUAUGGUGCUUGAAACUGCAUUGCGAAAAGCUUUUGGCGGUUUAAAAUCAAUAUUAAGAGUCGAGAGUUUCGUUCUCAAACUCAAAGACACCUUGAUUAUUUCGCUAACUUCCGUAUCGUUCGUCUAAUUCAAAUGAUAAUACAUAAGGAUCUGUCUUCUCUUUAAUUAGUUUAAAAACACCGUUAUUGCAUUAAUUAAUAAUGAUUUAUUGGAAAGCUUUCGCUUUUUUCUUCCUGUCAACGCGUUUAUCGUCUUAAAUCGUCUCUUUUAAUUUUUUUGCAAGAAGCAUCGCCUUUAUUCUCUUCUUCCAGGCUGCGUACAAAACCAUGUGAGCCGGAAUUUCAGCCAUCUUAUUGCACGAAGAAGUAAAACAUGAAUCGGACCAAUUCGAUAGCAUAGACGAAACGGAACUCUUUCUUGGAGAACGAGAGCAAACAAUAGGAGAAUUGAAUAGAUCCGGAUCUAUUGAUAUUACCGGUGCACGAAGCAGUUUUGGAGUCAGAUACGUUUUUUUGAAUAUUAAACGAUUCGCGCUUACGAUCUCUUGCUUUGGAUUUAGAUUUAUUGUGGUUUCAGGUGUCGGUGGUUGAAGAUUAUCGCCUUGAUUCGAUGUGGAAGAUGUUUUCUUGAAACCAACGAAUGAUUCGCUUACUCGAUCACCGGAAGAAAUCUGGUAACAAUUUAUCGCGAGGAUCUUCUUCGCCUUUUUGCCCUUGAGUCUUCUGAUCUCGUUCUAAUUUUUUCUACAAGUACCUCAUGCUGAGUAGCUAGGUUUGAGAAAGACUUUCAAUUCACAUGUGGUGUUUGUGAGUUGGAGCAAGGGAUCUCAAUGUUUUUGGUCAACUUGAGAGUUUUGUUUCGAUUCCCAAUUUUGGAACCAUUUAAAACAGACUACCUUUUUUAUCGAUUUUUUCUCAGGCGUUUCGGGUUUUUGAGCGAACGAAAAAAUAGAUCGUAAUUUGCAUACGUCUUCGGUAACAGAAUUUAAAUUUUUUGUUCGCGUGGACGACAAGUUUGACUGAAACAAACACGAUUAUCGCCAUGAUAAACCUGUUUUGCUAUCAUGUUGUUUAAUAAGCCGAAUUUAAGGAUUUUUCACCACAGACACGAAUUUUUCGAAAUCCAACUCCUUCCGGCUAUUAUAAUAAAUACGUUAAAUGGUUUUUGUGCAUUGCUCUUUCCGGCAUUUGUAUAAUUUGUCGAUUAAAUAUACGCGUACCGAAAUUUAAUAAUAGAGCUCGAGCAACUUCUUCUUUGGGUAUGAUUUAUCGUUACGACAGAAAAGGUGGUCUAAACGAUAGGCCCGACAAUUAAAGGAAGUGCCCGACCAAAAAAGAAAUUGAACGACAAUCAUAUAUUUGUACGACAGAUAAAAAAUGUCCACGACAAAUGAAAAAUUGAACGGCAGUUGAAUAAAUUUAACGACAAUAGGUAGUGAAAAAAAAAAUCACGACAGAAAUAUCUGUUAACACGUCUAUUUUUAUUUUAAUCCAUCAACACGCCUAUUUUUACCAAAAAAGUUACAAAUCGAAUAAAAUGAAAAAAAAAAUGAAAAUUUUCAUAAAAUGAUAGGUGGGUAGUUCUCAAAAAGUGGUAAAUUUUAUGUACACAGCAAAUUUCUCAACUGUUUUAGCAUGAUUUUUUUUGGUCCAUGCAACCAUCACCUCCCUCACAUUUUACAUUUAGUAUUGAGAUUUUUAGUCACCCUUUCAUUAGUGUACAUUCGAUUUUAUACCCACAUUCUCAUUAUCAUAGAACACUAAUAGUAUAUUAUUGUGCAAAUUGCAAUCUCAAUAAGUCCAUAGGAAGCUCACAUUUGAAAAUUGUCACACAGUUUUUACUGUAAUUUUAGAGCAAUUUUGAAUUAUUUUUGCUAGCUUCCCAAUCCAAUAUUUUAUUUAUUGCUUUUUCGUGUAUUUUCAGAUAUGCAAUUAGUCGAACAUUGUUCUGUCGUUGUAAAAUUUUAUUCUGUCGCUUAGACAUGCUUUUUUUGGCGAGAGGAGUUGUGAUUCAUAAUUAAAAAUAGUUGUGCUGACUCAUUAUUUUGUCGUUGAAAACCUGUCGUUGUAAACACCUAAGUUGUCGCUACCACAACUUUUAUUGUCGUUUGCUGUUGUCGUUCAAACACCCUUUUCUGUCGACCUGUCGUGCGAUUAUAUUGUACAAGCAAAUAUUACCCGUCCUACGGACGGGUCAUCCAUAAAAAUUCAUUUUCAGUAAAUAAAACAAUAAUGAAAAAUUACAAUGCAAAGUUUCAUAACGGCUAUUUUAUUUUAUUUUUUUGUGUUUUCAACGUAAAAAUUACUAUUAAAAUGAAGAAUGCGCGAGAGUAAGAAAACACCACGUGUCAUUGGUACCUUGGCUUGAAAGUAAAAGUAUUCAAAAAAAAUUGCUUCGCUUUCCUCCUUUGCUAAAAUUUCCAUUUUCAUAUAGAUUAAGAUUAUGUAUGAAAGGCUAGGGAUCCAUCCAUCCAGAAAAUUAAAUUCAGCAUCCUAAAAAAUCCAUACAUUCAUACCCAUGUUGAAUUUUUUGGAAUUUCAUAUCCCCCUCCCCCCUGAGGGCUUACCGAAUUUUAGGAAACUGUAGUCUUUCGAACUGAAAUGUUGGUUCACUCAUAAAGUCAUAAACAAUUUAUUUUUGCUCAAAAUUGUUAUAUUUCCACUGUGAUAUAUCGAAUUGUAUGUUUUUGGUGACGUUGAACCCGAAUAGACCGCCCCCACAACCACCCCCAAGGGUAAAAUUCAAAAAAAUUGGUAGGGGCCGUGGAUAGGCCCAAUCAAAAGUGAAUCACGACUUUAGUUAUGGACCGAUUUUUUUGAAAUUUUGUAGGAACGCCUGAAUCCUUAUAUCAGUUGAUAAAAUUUUUAGUCGAACCCUCUACCCAUAUUCCAUAAAAAACCUCUAUGUAGUUUCAUCCCUUGAAAAGAGGCCACAUUAUACUUUUCUCAGGCCUGUAUAGUUUCCUAAAAAUCAAAAUUUUCACGGGAGGUGCUGUAAGUGGGAGCUACCAUUAAAAUUCGGAAAAAUGUCCAUAGAUGUACUUUUUGAUGCUUUUUCGAAAUAUUCAAUUUUCGAGCUGGGAUCUUUUAAUGGAGGUGGAGCACCUCCUCCCCCAAAUUUGGACAAAACUUUCAAAAGAAAAGCUGAGGCAUGUGAUAUAUCGAAUUGUAUGUUUUUGGUGACGCUGAACGCGAAUAUGAAGUCAGACUUUGAUUGAACCCCAUACAUGGAAAUCAUUAUUCAUUACCUAACUGUUGGAAUUUUACCUAUUUGGGGAGGUUCUAUAGGGCCCAUGGGUGAGGUCAAUUUGAAAAACUAAGGUUAUAUUUGUGUUCAGCGAUAUCGAAAACAUUUACUAUUUCAUGUGUCACACGAAUGAAAUCAUUUUGUUCACUUUUACCCCCUCUGGGAAAGUGCUGGGGCUCAUGGAUGAAGUCCAAUCAAAAAUUUAACGCCAUAUUCGUGUUCAGUGUCACCAAAAACAUACUACAUAUUUCACGUGUCACACGAACAAAAGCAGUUUUUUCAACUUUCACCCCAUUUGAGGGGGUGCUGGCGACCGUGAAUGGAGUCCAAUCAAAAAUCUGACGUCAUAUUCGGGUUCAGCGUUACCAAAAACAUUCAAUUCGAUAUAUCACAUGCCCCAGCUUUUCUUUUGAAUGUUUUGCCCAAAUUUGGGAGAGGAAGUGCUCCCCCAUAGGAUAAAUCAUCUAUAUCACUAAAUUUCUUGUAAUUUUCACCAAUACAUUGCAACGUCGCAAUCCCAUAAAAAAUAUAGUUACAAAUUUUAAAGAGCUUCCGCCCUCAACAUGGACCUGUUAUCUUUUCUUUUUCAAAAUUACAUCCUAAAAAAAUCUUUUAAUUUCUAAAAUUUUAAACGCCAAAAAAUUAACUACUUACUUGCAUAAAAAAACGCAAGUUUUUAGUUCUCUCAAAAUAUAAAUUUUCUCAAUUUUCCACCCUAGCUUUUUAAAAGUCAUAUCCCUAUAUCAGUCAGAUUAAAUUUUCAGUCGUACCCCCUCCCCCUUACCAUAAAAAAUCCUCUAUGUAGUUUCAUCCCUAGAAAUUACCCACAACACCUUAUCACAUAAAAAUGGUUUCGGGAAUUAGUUUGCAGAAUAAAGUUCGGCCUUCCAACAGCAUUUGAUAAAAUUUCGUGAAAAUUAAAAAAUCUGCUAGAGACUCCUGGAAUUUUCGAAAAAUCGCUAGAGGCUCCAAAAUGGCUUGAUCCUACCUGAAAUCGUCUUCAGAGGGUGUUAAAAUUGGUGUGUAGAGUAAAAUUCAACUUUCCAUGUCCAUUUGAUAAAAUUUUUGGAAAAUAUAAAGUUUCAAAAAUCUCGAGCUUAUUUCAUGUUACCGAGUGUCACCUCAGGCCGCUAGGGAAGGAAGCAUAUAUCGAUAUCAAUAUCGAUUUAUCGAUUAAAUUAUAAGUGAUAAAGCAUUCAACAACGUUCUAGAUAAGAAUAAAGUAACGAAUAUAUUUCGAAGCUUGCACAAAAACUUAACUUUUCUUGUUUGUUUAUAUAAUAAAAUAAAAUGGGAGAUGAAAAAGAGUCUACGAAUGUGCGUCGUGAGUUCGAGAAAGAUACAGACAGUGAUGAUAAUAGAACGGAUUCUAGUGCAGCCGGCACUAGCUCACCGCGAUUUCCCGCCAUCACUCGUAGGCACGUCAAUACGAAACUAAAAGUCGCAGCUAAGAUUAAUAAUUCUUGUAUGAAGGGAUUUGGUCCUCUACCACGGAUCACCGAUCCCUCGGGUCAAGUUAGUGAUCCCGCUGCUAAAGUGGAUACGGCGGUAAAAGUCGCCGCGACGAUGGCUUCGUGCCUGGCUGGAUUUGCUCCUAUACCGCCACUCCCGGUUCCAAUUAGCUUACCUAAUCUCUCGGUUGAAGCUGAGUUUUCGCGAAAUGAAAGUGAAACUAAUAGCGAGCCGAUAGGCAUUCCGAAUAAACAAUUUCCGGCUCCAGAAACUACAUCAGAUCCAAGCUUUGCAGGUAUAAGUUCAGCUCAAGGUCCUGCUAUUGUUAGUCAGAGAAUUUCCGAUACGAAGGUUGAAGUAAAAGCAAAUAUUCCUGUCAGUCUGAUUGGAUCUGUACCACUACCCGACGGUGAAUCUUUCUCCGGUAAAGUAGCAGUCAACAGAAAAGUAACCGAUACAAUAAGCGUACCGGUAGAUAAGCUGGCCCUAGAAGUUGGUCAGACGAUGCUUUUCUAUUACGGAACGGACACUUGCAACCGGUUCAUGAAUCGUAUCAAAAACCUGCCCAACGACGUAGAAAGGGCAAGAAAAAUGACCGAAUUCUUGGAAUAAGAGAUCCUAUUUAUCGAAGUAAAUUUAUUAAUAGUUAGUAUCUUGUCAGUUUUGAGACAAAUGAUUUUGUUUUUCAGUGAUAUACUGUAACUCUAAUUACAAUACAUGUUUUUUAAAGCUACCA